GAGCGCGCAGAGAGCGCAGGCGCGGAGCGGGGCCGGUGCCGCACUGAGGGAGGGUCUCCUGCAGGACUGGAGGGCGUUUCCCUGGGCGAGCUGAUGAACGAGGACAUCCGGAUCCACUCCUGGCCCUGCUCCUACUACCUGGACAGCAGCAAGCAAUGGAUCCCUGGGAAGCUCUCCCUGACUCCCCUCUCCAUCCAGUUCAGAGCUGGCAGGACAGGAGAGCUCCUGCUGGAUUUCCACCUUUCCGCCAUCAGCGAGAUCAAGAAGGAAUCUUCCCAUUUAAUCUUCAGCUCCCUGACCAUCCUGGAGAAGGGCACCAAGCACUGGUUCAGCUCCCUGCAUCCCAACAGGAAUGUGGUGUUCAACAUCCUGGAGCAUUUCUGGAGGGAGCAGCUGCUGUCCAGGCAGGAGGCUGGAGCUGGAGCAGCCUUGGAAUCCAGCAAGGGCAAGGAAUUAACGGGAAUGUUGGAGGGAUCCCAGAAACGCCUGGAGGACACGGCCAAGGUGCUGCAUUCCCAGGGGGAGCAGUUUGACAACAUCAUGAGGGGGCUGCACAAGAUCGAGGGGGACAUGGAUGUGGCUGACAGGCUGUUGACAGAGCUGGAAUCUCCCUCCUGGUGGCCCUUCAGCACCAAACUCUGGAAAACCCCCCUGGAAUCGAAGCCGAAGGAAGCACCAGCAGCUCCCAGACAGGAGGAGGGAAUCCUGCUGCGCAUCCCAGUGAUCAUCACCCACAGGACGGAUUCCAGCGCCAAGCCGGGCCAGCUCACCCUGCUGCCCUCGGGGCUGGAGAUCCGGGACUGCAGCUCCCAGCUGCUGCACCGCUUUGAGACGCGGGAUGUGGACGACAUCUGGGUGCACAGCCCCUACGAGAUCAGCGUGCGGCAGCGCUUCAUCGGCAAACCCGACCACUGCUGCCGGCUGCUGGCCGCGCGCAUGCCCGAGCUGCUGCCCGUCCUGCAGCUGCACUUCAGCACCAAGAUCCAGUUCCUGGAGGAUGCUCUGGGCUUUGCCGGAGCCGGGAAAUCGCCUCAGGGGGAGUUGGGAGCGUCCCUCUGGCAGGCAGCCGGCGGAAUGCUGGGAGCGACGGCAGAUCCCGGGAUUGCGGCGGGGCCGGACCAGGAGCAGGCACAGCUGCAGAAAGUGUCCCAGGAAGAAGCCAAGGAGCUCAGACAGAUCCUGCAGAAGCUGAAGGGGCUGGCGCUGGAGACGGAGGCGGAGCUGGAGCGGCAGGAUGAGGCGCUGGACUCCAUCGGCAGCGCCGUGGAUCGCGCCACGCUCACCAUCGAGCGGCAGAACCGGCGCAUGCGCAGGCUGACCUAACCCGCAGGAACGGCACCGGGGGCUGCAGUGCCACGAGGGGCUGCUCCAGAGACUCUGUGGGAGGGGUUGGGAUCAGCUUGGGACAAUGGCACUGCUGGGGGUGAGGUCCUGAGAGCAGAGAAGUGAUUCCGGGACUUGGAUCAUGGGUGGAGAUUGGAUGGUUGGGUGGAGAUUGGAUGGUUGGAUCAUGGUUGGACCUUGGAUCAUGGUUGAAUGGUUGGAUGAAGUUUGGAUCUUGGAUGAGGUUUGGAUCUUGGAUGAGUUUUGGAUCCUGAAUGAUGGUUGGACCUUGGAUGAUGGUUGGAUCUUGAAUGGUUGGAUGAUGGUUGGACCUUGGAUGAGGUUUGGACCUUGGGUGAGGUUUGGAUCUUGGAGGAUGGUUGGAUCUAGGAUAAUGUUUGCAUCUUAGAUGAGUUUUGGAUCCUGAAUGAUGGUUGGACCUUGGAUGAUGCUUGGAUCUUGAAUGGUUGGAUGAGGUUUGGACCUUGGGUGAGGAUUGGAUCUUGGAGGAUGGUUGGAGAUUGAAUGAUGAUUGGAUCUUGGUUCAUGCUUGGAUCUUGGAUGGUGUUUGGAUCUUGGAUCGUGGUUGUGCCUUGAAUAGUAUUUGGCUCUUGGAUAACGUUUGGAUCUUGGAUAAUGGUUGGAUCUUGGGUAACAUUUGGACUUUGGAUGAUGGUUGGACCUUGGAUGGUUGGAUCAUGGUUGGAUCUUGGAUGAGGUUUGGAUCUUGAAUCAUGGUUGGACCUUGGAUAACAUUUGGACCUUGGAUGAGCUUUGGACCUUGGAUCAGUUUUGGAUCUUGGGUCAUGGUUGGAUCUUGGAUAACAUUUGGACCUUGGAUAAGUUUUGGAUCUUGGAUGAGUUUUGGAUCUUGGGUCAUGGUUGGACCUUGGAUGAGCUUUGGAACCUUUUUUUGAUGGGAAGAUCCGAAUUUCCAAUCAGGAUGAAACAGAACUCAUGGAUUCUCCACUACAAACCCCUGUAAAUAGGAAGGGAUGUGACAAAACCUGACUUAAUUUAAUUAAUUCAUUAAUUAAUGUGCUUUUUCAUGUUGCUGCUUUCCAGCCCAUGGAUUCCCUCUCCAGCUCUUUCCCUAAAAUCCUUCAGAUCCUGUUUUUUUAUUUAUUUGCACUCAGUGGUGAUGAAACAUUUCAUCAGGCUUUUCCAGAAUUCCUUAAAAAAGGGAGUAUUUCAAUUAAAGUCUGAAGUUUACACUUGGCUCUGUUUGAGAGCAGAUUCCCCCUCCUAAAUUAUUAAUAUUCCAUAGGAAAAAUUCCCAUUUCGUCAAUCCUGACUUUCCAGCCGUUUUACCUCCAAGGAACUGGUAUAAAAUAUCUUCUUUAAUUAUUUUUUAAAUUUUAAUUAAAAUAUUUUUAGUGUUGCUUUCAAAUCCAACACUUCCAGUGCAAUAUUUUUCAACAGUGAAGCUUCAAAUCCUUGGAUCCAGUGGGAAUUUUUCCCAUUUUUUUGGAAUCCAGCCCAAUUUUGGGAGAAACCACCAAACCACGUCGAGGGUGUUGCUUGCAAGGUUUGUAUUCCUCCAUCUUAGUUAGGACUGGAAUAAAAAUUAUUCCAAGUUUUUUCCUGGCAUGCACUUUAUUGGAAAAUCCAGUGGUAAUUCCAUAUCCAUCAAUUAUUUCCUGGGAAUAAAUAAAAUCCUCUUGGAGCUUCUGCUGUUGUUUCCCACCCCCAAAUCGCUGCUGCUUUGCUCAGAGGGGAAAAGAAACUUCCCACACCUCAUUUUUCCAUGGAUUUCCAGGUGGAUUUUGCACCAAAUCCAUGUUUGUUGAGGCUGGGAUGGGAUCUGGGAGCAAGGUGAGUCCAGCCCAGAAUUCCCAAAAGGAAAUUUUUUGGAUUGGAGUGGUUUUUUUGGGUGUUCUUUGUGCCAUAUUUUUUUAUUGUCGUGGGGUUUUAGCGCCGACUCCGUAUUUUGUGGGUUGUGUUGAGUCCAGCAUAUCCCAAAAAACUUGGGAUAUUCCUUGGGAACCCCAUCCUGGAGCUGUACAUUGGCUGAACUCCAUGUGCCAGAAGGAUUUUCCACCUGUCAUUCCUUCUUAAUAAAUCUCUUGGAAUUGUGA